AUGCAUGCCAUCGCAGUCACCCAAUACGGUCCAAUAUCUAAUAUAGAAGCAAUCAAUCUCCCAACCCCCUCAGACCCCCAAGGCCAUGACAUACUCGUCCGCGUCAAAGCCUGCUCUGUCAAUCCAGUCGAUACCAAAGUCCGAGCAGGAAUCUAUGAUGACUACCCAGACUACUACGACCGCACCCCCAGUCUACCUCAAAUCCUCGGCUUUGACGGCGCUGGCAUAGUUGAGAGCGUAGGCUCCGAAGUCACCCAUUUCAAGCCCGGCGAUGAAGUCUACUAUUCCGGCUCACCCAUCCGCCAAGGAAGCAAUGCAGAAUUCCAGCUCGUAGAUUCCCGAGCCGUCGCGCUCAAACCAGCAAGCUUAGACUGGGGCCAAGCCGCCGCCAUGCCCCUAACCUGGAUAACAGCCUACGAAGCCCUCGUCGAACGCAUGGCGAUCCAGCGCGGCGAAAACGCCGGCAUCCUCAUCAUCAACGGUGCAGGCGGUGUCGGCAGCGUCGCCAGCCAGAUCGCGCGGCAUGUCCUUAAUCUACCCGUUGUAGUCACCACGGCAUCGCGAGACGAAACAGUCAAGUUUUCAAAAGAUGUGGGAGGUGCUACACACACCAUCAAUCACCACGAGGAUAUUCCUACCGAGCUCGAGAAGCUCAACUUAGACGUACCAAUUAAGUACGUAUUCAUUACCCACACGCCUACAUCGGGCUACCUCGCCCCUGCAGCAAAAAUAUGCGUCCCUUUUGGCAAAGUCUGUUCGAUUGUUCAGGACAAGGAGAUACCCAUGUAUGCUACGGAGUUUAUGGCGAAGAGUCUGACGUUUGUUUGGGCUCUGCUGGGUACGAAGCCGUAUUAUGGCGUUGAUGUUGAAAGCCACGGUAGGAUAUUGAAGGAUUUGGCAAAGAUGCUAGAUGAGGGAACGGUCAAGUGUCAUGGUAUGCAGAAACUUAAGCUGGAUGAGGAGGGGGUGAGGAAGGCGCAUGAGAUUAUUGAGGGGGGGAAGGCUGUUGGCAAGGUAGCGCUGGAAUUUUGA